GUGCACGGCUUGCUAAUGACAGCGCAACAAUAGCGAGCGAGUUGAAUUAGGCGCAGCAAGCGUUAGAGCGGAUAAAGGGGUGGAGCAUAAGCAAUCUAUCAACCUUGAGAAAUUUGAUUAAUAUUUAUUUCAAUUGAGGAAAAUAAAAAGCGAUUAUGGAACGCCCUACAUCUCUACAUUUCACUGUCAAGUGAAAUAAUUGAUUCAAACAAACCCCACGCAAACGGCGUCACUAAUCAAUCGCUUUGCUUUUUGUUGAGCCGGCCAAGGGCUGGCGGAAGGCGCCUGCAAUGUUGGCCCAAAACUGAAUGGCGAUAUGAAAAAUGAAACGCGGUUGCUUGCAGCAAUGUAGCUUUCCAUGGGAGAAAUUGAGAUCUUUCCCAUUGGCCACCAAAACAAAUUCAAGGGUAGACGCGGGUGCGGGGAAGCUCCAAUUGGUUGCUCGAGGUAUCUUUCAAUUUGUUUGUCAACGAAGGAAUGGAAAAGUUUGGAAAAGUUGAUUGAUUUAUGUGCAAUUAAGCGUUUGCGAAAAAAGCAAUUUGAUAGCUCAAGGGAGGAAAAUGGCUUCAAUUCUAUGAGCGCCGCCCCCUUCCUUCAAAUGUGGAUACUAAGAUAAAUGAAUCCAUUACCCCUUUGAUAUUUCACUUUUUUCCUCAAGCGCCUCCAAAGCUUUCCCUCACACAAUCCAAUUCUCACCUACUUUUUCCACAUUCCAAGCCUCCCACUCCCUUUGCAUUGGAAAUUCCAAGAAUCUAAAUUGCGUGAAACUUUGUUGCCCGCUCCUAAUUUACAAUGACCAAGGUACCUACUUUUGCAGAAUUGGCUGCGCGACGGAUUUGGGACCCCAAACCAGGAACAAUUCACUAUCGCGAUGCGAUCAAUUACGCAAAGGAUGGCAUGUACGCUAAAGAUUUAAUUUCGGAUUACCUCCAAGGCCUUCUCAUUUUAGCCAAAGAAACAAAGCAUGCUUUGGUUUGGGAAUGCGGGCUCUUUCAAUGGCCGUUUGUCAAAGGGAUGAAAAUCCGAAAGGGGAUCCCACAUAUCGGUCACCCUUUUACAGGCCCUGAUGGAAAGAUCCUGCAGCAUGAAGGUCGCAUUCUGCAUGGUGAGAGGGAUCCAGAUGCGCUAUCCCAUCUGGAGCUAUCGCCUCUGACUUUUCAGCAAAUUCACAACCACCCAAACUAUAGGACCUGGCUUGCCACCCAUUUAUUUGCCAAUCGAAGCUCAAAUGCCAUCACCUACCACAAUCGCUUGGGUUUGAAUAAUAAGAUUGCUUGCGAGCAAUUUAUUAAUGAUCCUACAUCUCCAAAAGCGAUAGGGCCUGAUUCCCAAGCUCAAGGUGAUGGCAAUCGCGUUUACAAUGAAUUUGGAUUGCUGAAAGUGGAGUUGAAAUUGAAGGUGGGCAAGCGGCGGUGGCGAAAGGGGGAAAAGAAAGCGAAGCGCAAGCGACGAAAAUGUCGAAGCGAGAGUGAAGCGGGGGCGAGAGUGAAGGGGGGGAAGGGAGUGAAGAGGGAAGCGAGAGGAGUGGGGCAAGUGGGGGUGGAGUUGCGCGAGCGGAAUUUGGGGGGAAAUCAUUGAGCAAUCGAAUAGAUUUCUCAGGGAGUGAUGGUGAGGGAGGUGAAGAAAGUGAUGGGGGUAGGGGCGGCAGGCAGGAUGAUUUGGGGAAGGAGAGCUCGGAAAAUGAUUCGAGUUCGGAAGGCGAAGAGAGGAUAAGGAAGCCGCGAGAUACAUCGUGGAAAGGGUUAAGAAAGACAGUAGGGGGCAAGGGGCCAAUGCAGUCGUCAAUUGCAUUGGAAGCGGGGCA